CCCUGCGUGGGCGUGAGGCGGGAAGCAUUGUGCCACCGAAAUGGCGAUACGAGCCUAUUGAUAGGAAGAUAUUAUUGCCAAAAUUGAUAAGCCCUAUCGCUAAUAUAUAUACACAUGUCCCGCGGCUGCUACCAAUUAUUCGCCGCUGACCAAUAGCCAGUCUUUUUCGGGAGCGUAAAGCGAAUACUUCGUGGGUCUCGUCGGUAAAGUGGAUUCCAGUGCCGCGAAAUAUGUGCCAAAAAUAUCGGAAUAACCAGAGAAACUAAAAGUCAUGGGGAUAUCAGUCCAAAAAUACUGAAAGUUAUGGCCAGGCCUGGAGUAAUUUUCUAGAACGAGAUUAAUACGUUGCGAUUAUCUAUCUAUCUAUCAGAUUGUGAAAUCUAACAAGUGGAUGGUCUAAAGUUAUAGCCACUGCGUAAAAAAGUAAUGAAAAUGUCACCCAAAUUCGUAUUGGACGUCACUCUCGCCAUAAUCCUGCUGCUGGGAAAUGCAACCUCCUUAGAGGUCUCAACUCUAGGCGGGUUAAUACCCAGUCCCAAGGGCGACUCCUCGACAUCUGCCAGCGAGGAAGCUGAUGAUAUUAGUAAAGAGGAAACUGAUCUUAAAUCCUUCAUGCUGAAGUACGAAUCGGAUGACGGAAAUAGCUGUCUCCUGGAUGUGAUUAAGGACGAGGUGAUCUCGUGGAUAUAUCCAAAUGGAACCCUUAGGGAGAGCACCAAGAAGUUCGGCACCAAACUGUUUUUGGAUUUGUCGCAUGGUAACCUAAAGGAGGACACCGACUUACUCCUGGAAGUCAAGGCGGCGAGGAAAUUCAUGAGAUGGCGGAUAGAAGUCUUUUCGGCGGCUUUCAACACCUUGAAUGCGGCACCCUUUAACACCCUGCACUCUAUGCGGGAUUCCCUGAAGUUUUUAUCGUUGCGGGGCAAUAAUUUCGCUGACCUAAUUCCAGAUGCCGAAGCCUUUGAGCGGUUCUUAAACGAAACACGCUUGGAAGCAAGCAACGCUACACUACACAAAUGCGAGCUGUUCCUCGUACACAAUGCCACCGAUCUGUACGAUCGGGAGUGCUAUCUAUACUUUCAAAACAACACCAACACGAACACGGCCAACACAGUCACAUCCAGCAUUAACUAUGAGGACUACAUUCAGUUUCUGAAAGAUCGGUAUGAUCUGCAGGGGGAGUCAUCCCAAUCCAUUGCCUGGGCAAGCUUCCCAAAUCUACCGCGGCUCCUGGAGCUGGACAUCAGCAACUGCAGCAUUGAGUAUGUGAGCAAGGAGACCUUCCAGAACAUGAGCAACUUGCGGCGGCUGUUUAUGUCGGACAACAAGUUCAUGACCCUCAAGCACGACACCUUUCUCUACAUCCCGAAAGUGCAAUAUCUGGAUCUGUCCUUCACCAAUGUCCUUACCUAUAGCUACCAACUGCAGCUCCCCACGCUGGAGAUGGCGAUGAGUCUGGUCUACGGGCUGAAAAUCCAGCAGAAUGUGUUUAAGCUGCUGCCGGAACUGAUUUACCUGGAUCUGUCCCACUCCAAGAUGACCCGGAACAGUGCGGUGGCCUUUGCCCAUUUAGGCGAGAAGGUGAGGUUCCUCAGUCUGUGUUACACCGCUAUUCCCAUGGUGAGCAGUGCGAUCUUCAAGAAUACGGCUGUCGAGGGUCUGGACCUAUCGGGGAAUCCCUAUCUGUCGUACAACAUUAUAGACGAUGCCUUUGAUGGCAUCGCCGACACGCUGAAGUACUUGUACUUUGAGCGCUCAAACCUGAAGGAUUUGGAGUGGUCCAAGCCGCUGAAGAAGCUGCAGGUUCUGGGGCUGGCGGGUAAUAACAUCAACGCCCUGACACCGGCCAUGUUCGAGCCCCUGGAGUCGCUGGAGAUCCUGGAUCUUAGCUCGAAUCAUGUGGGCAACUGGUACCGCAGUGCCUUUCACAACAACUCGGCGUUGAGAGUUCUAAACCUACGAAGCAAUACCAUCAAUAUGCUCUCAAAUGAAAUGCUAAAGGACUUCGAGCGCCUGGAUUAUCUUAGCCUGGGGGACAACAACUUCAUCUGUGACUGCCACUUGAGGGCCGUAGUGGAGGUGGCGGCAUCGAACAACAAGGAUGCAGACUGCUCCUACAGCUUGCUGAACUUUAGCCAAAAGUCAACGGUGGAGCAGGAUCUGAUGGCGGCGGCGGAGUCACUUAAUAUUGACCGCAGGCUCUGGCAGAGUCGCUAUAUUCCCUGGCUGAUGAAGAGCUACACCAACAUCAAGGACUACAAUCGAGCUAAUCAUAUUAUCAGACUACGCUUCUCCUCAGGGGAAUAUAUGAUAUCUAAGUGCCAGAAGCCUCAGCCAUUUCAGAUGGAUGAGCUGGGUUCGGAUUUUUCGCUGAAAUUCCAGCUGCUAGACUACGAGGCCAGCGAGUAUUGGUGCUUCAACAACACGGAUCAGCUCCAGGUGGACCAGCUGAACUGCCAGUUACGCGCCUUGAGCGAUCUCACGGAGGAGCUGCACCACAUAACGACCACGGUGAUCGCCGUGGUGGGCAGUGUGGUGGCAGUGUGCAUCGUGGGAUUCAUCAUUUAUCUUAAGCGCUGGCAUAUUCACUACUAUUACUCCUCGCUCAAGUCGGCGGCAUUGCUGUCUAGCGCCUCCAAGGAGUCUGGGGAGAGUUUUAGCCAUAUUUCCCAAAGAGAUCCCAGUGCAGUUUAUGACAUUUUCAUUAGCUAUUGCCAGAACGAUCGUCCCUGGGUGCUUAAUGAACUUUUACCCAAUGUGGAGGAAGCUGGGGAUAUAUCCAUUUGUCUGCACGAACGUGAUUUUCAGAUCGGAGUGACAAUCCUGGAUAACAUCAUCUCUUGCAUGGACCGAUCUUACUCCCUGAUGCUUAUAAUCUCCUCAAAGUUCCUGCUGAGCCACUGGUGUCAGUUCGAAAUGUAUUUGGCUCAGCAUCGUAUCUUUGAAGUCAGCAAGGAGCACUUGAUCCUGGUCUUUCUAGAAGAUAUUCCCAGGAGCAAGCGUCCAAAAACUCUGCAAUAUCUAAUGGAUGUAAAGACAUACAUCAAAUGGCCAGCUGGCAAGGGUGACUCUAGUCCCACUUCUGAGGAGCGGAAACUAUUUUGGAAACGCUUGAGAAGAUCUCUGCAAGUCCUGGGCAUUAGUUCCAGAGAGGUCACAGCCUAGGAUUAGCUUGGUUUACUGUAAUUCGCUUUAAAGUGUUCUAGUCAGUUUUGCAAGUACCUGAUAAAAUGUAUAUAACCCUUUAGUAAACCAUAAUA